UAGAUUGCACAUAUCCAUAUUUGUAAAUAUUUUCACGAUGAACAUUGCGGUUUUGAUUUUUGGAAUGCUUUUUAUACCCAUAAAUAUUUUCGGCAAAUCAACAGAUCCUCGUUUGCAUUCUAUAAAUAAGCAAACUGUGUCGAACACAGGCUUGGAUAAAUAUAAAAUGGAUCUUGUAAAAGAAAAAAAAAAUAGUUCGAUCGACAACAAUGUCAAACUCACACAAUAUUCAAAAAAAAAACCAAAAAGGAAAGUAAUAAAUGAUCAUGCCUUUACAAAUGCAAUUCCAAGCGAACAUACAUUUCCCUAUUUCCCACGAAACCAACAUGUAAUUCCGUUUAAUGAUGUUCAAUAUCCUACAUCAGAACGAUUGGAAAGCUACGAGGAUCCAGUGAGAGCAAGGGAAUCUAAUAAGCAUGAGCAUCAAAUAAAAAGCGUAAAAGUUAAAAUAAAGCAUCAUCACCACCAUCAUCAUCACAACCAUAUAAAGGAAGUUAUAAAAACUGUACCCAAACCUUACCCAGUUGAGAAAAUUGUGCAUAUACCAUUUGAAAGAAUAGUCGAGAAAAUUGUUCAUGUCCCCAAAAUUCUUAAUGUAACGCUGGAAAAAGUAGUGCAUGUACCCGUAGAGAAAAUAGUGGAAAAAAUAAUACAUAUUCCGAAACCUGUUCACAUUCCAAAACCUUAUUUAAUUGAGAAAAUGGUUGAAAAAGUAGUUCAUGUGCCGAAACCUUUUCCAGUAUUAAGAACUGUACCUUACCCAGUAGAAAUUAAAGUAGCAGCACAAGAAAAACUGCCUAUACCGUUUAAAAUGAAAGCUGAGAGAAAACUUAUAGGUUAUUUUAAUACAAAGGAACCCAUUAAGCUUAAAACAUUUGGUCAAAAAAAUAAUAAUCAAACAGAUGAUUUUAAGUUGAAUAUUGAAGUGGAAAAUGCUUCAAACAAAAAACAAUAUCCUGUGAUUUUACCAUCGGAUUACAUUCACAAUAAAAUAAGUCAGUAUUCACAGGCAACAGAUCCAACAAAAACUGAGAACUUAUCAAAAAUUGCUCGGCCAGAGUAUAAAUACUUCGGGUUACUUAAAAAUAGUAUACCUAUCGAACAAUCUACAUCUGAAAGUGAAACCAUUCAUGUAAAGCUAUUACGCGCUAAUGGAAAUUUUAGAUUUCAUGUCGUAGAUACUCCAAUCAAUAAUUCUGACACAGUCGACAAUUUAGAAUUUCAAAACCGAAAUUCUACACACCAUUUUAAUGGCAUCCCUUUGUCUGUACCCAUUCAAUUAGUUCCCUUACAACCAAAGAAAUACCAAAGCUCUAUAGGAUUCGAGUUAGACGCCUCAGAUAGUUCAUAAUUAUUAAUUAUAAUUAUGGUAGGAAAUAUAUAUAUAUUUUGUUAACCAAUCAAUUUAAUUUUGAGUUCACAGAUAGCACAUAAUGAAUGAGUUUACUUAUGUUAA